GAAAUCAGUGUUCUGGCAAACAGCCACAGGUCCGCUCGCGUAUACAUACGUUAAACGCGCAAUUUCUCUUAUUAAUUUAGUAUGUGAAUGCGAAAUACGUUAGUUUUGCACGAAAACUAGUGACAUGUUAUUGUUGUUGGAAUAUUAACUGAAGCGCCUACUUUUCUUCGCUCUUGAACAGACUUCAUGAGCAUCUAGUUUUUUAUAUUUGAAAAAGACUAUACUGUUUAGGUAUGAUCAUAAGGAUAUCAUGGCUUUUUCACCUGCUGACUUUACUAUUCAUAACGACGAUAUCAGGUAAUCCUUUAUUUUUACAACAAAGUGGAAGAAAUAUUAAACCAGUUAUAAAAUGGAGACAACCAAUGGAUACCUGGAAUUGGACAGAUACCCCAAGAAACGACGAAAUAUUUUUUAAUCCUUCAAAUUUCACACACAAACUUCCGCCGUCUGCAAAUGAAACAGAACUUAUAGCUCACAUGGUGGCCUUAAAACGUAACUACUCACGGCUUCUGUGGGACAGCGACAAAAGCUCCAAUUUACCUCUGUUUGUGGACAAGGCUUUAAAAUUAUUAAAUCUGAAACAGGUGUACUAUGAGGUCGAACACUCUGUUAUGUCUAAAGUAUCUUGUACAGCUUGUAAAGCUGGAGCGGGUCUGCUGCAGCACUAUAUGAGGCUGGGUAAAAGCAAAGAUGAGAUAAAUAAAAUGAUCUAUCAGUUUUGUGUCUCUUUAAACAUACAGUCUGCAAGAGUUUGCGAAGGCAUCACUAGAUUGUUUGGUAGUGAAGUAGUGUACGUUUUGAAACGAAUAACCUUAGGACCAAACGAAAUAUGUAGUUUUGUAAUCGGCGAUGCAUGCGGCGAUGUAUACAAUCCCUAUCAUGAAUGGGAAGUUACUUUCCCUCCGGUUCCAAAACCACCUGUGCUGCCUUUAAAAGUACCUGAUGAUAAGGCACAGACAUUCAAAGUACUUCAAAUAUCAGACACUCAUUUCGAUCCCUAUUAUGCUGAAGGAGCCAACGCAGAAUGCAAUGAGCCCCUUUGUUGUCGGGCAUCAAGUGGACCAGCCUUGACUCCUGGCGACGGCGCUGGUCGUUGGGGGGAUUACCGCAAGUGUGAUACUCCGAAACGAACCAUAGAUGACAUGUUACAACAUAUAGCUAACACACAUCCUGAUAUAGACUACAUCUUAUGGACCGGAGACUUACCACCUCACGACGUAUGGAAUCAAACGAAGGAAGAAAAUUUAAAAGUUCUACAAGAGACUGUUGCACAGAUGUCAGAUAUGUUUCCUGGAGUGCCUAUCUUUCCUGCACUCGGGAACCAUGAGUCGUCACCGGUUAACAGUUUUCCUCCUCCAUUCAUUUCAUCACCGGAGUCAAACAUGGCGUGGCUGUACAAUGAGCUGGACGCCCAAUGGCGUCGCUGGCUGCCCGCGGGAGUGUCUCACACUGUUCGACGCGGCGCCUUCUACUCCGUACUCGUUCGACCUGGAUUCCGCAUCAUCUCGCUCAAUAUGAACUACUGCAACAAUAAAAAUUGGUGGCUUCUGCUGAAUAGUACAGAUCCAGCAACGGAACUUCAAUGGCUAAUAUACGAAUUGCAAACGGCUGAGUUUAGCGGUGAAAAGGUCCACCUGAUAGGACACAUCCCACCCGGACAUUCGGACUGUCUCAAGGUCUGGAGCAGAAACUAUUACGCGAUCGUCAAUCGUUAUGAAUCAACAAUAACAGCUCAGUUCUUUGGACACACACAUUACGAUGAAUUUGAAGUUUUUUAUGAUCCGAAUGAUUUAGGGAGAGCGACGAGUAUAGCAUAUGUCGGUCCGUCAGUUUCGCCGUAUUACGAUUUAAAUCUCGGAUACCGGAUUUACUACGUGGACGGUGAUCACGAAGCAACAACACGAUUAGUAGUCGAUCACGAGACCUGGAUAAUGAACUUGAAGGAGGCUAAUCUGUUCGGAUACCCGAUAUGGUACAAGCUGUACUCGGCGCGCUCCGCCUACAUGAUGCCGGCGCUGCGGCCUCAAGACUGGGACAAGUUCAUAGACGAUAUGACCACCAAGGAAGACGUCUUUAAUUUAUAUUACAAACAUUACUGGAAAAGCAGUCCACGUCGCGGUAUGUGUGACGGCGAAUGUCGGAAGCGGCUCGUGUGUGACGCGCGGUCUGGCCGCUCGCACGACAGGCGCGUGCUCUGUGGACACAUCGAGGCGCGCAUUGACGGUGCGCCCGCGCCGCAAACAUGGCGCGCGUGGUUCUAUAACGGAUUGUCCGUCUCACCUAGUGUAACUCAAGUUUAAUGGUGGUGGAAAACUAUUUUAGGUGCCCAAGGAUAAAGAAUGUCAAUGUUAAUGCAAAUACCGCAAGUGGCAUAUCAAAUACCAAAGUUCGUGAUGGGAUUGGGUUGAAGUGGACUCGUAGUCAACAAUUGGAGGCACCACCGGCAUAUCCGAAGAAAGAUCAAAGAUAACUUAAAUAAAACUAUUUUAUGACAUCUAAAGUCUUAAGUAAAUUGAAAAUUCUAUAUUUUUUUAUCUUUUAGGUAUAACGUAAGGUUAGUUUAAUAUAUCACUAUCUCGAAAACAAUAACGCUGAAGAUGGAUCCUAUUUUUUCUAUUUUUGUAAAUAUCUUUUGUAAAUUGGGUAAUUAAAUAACUAUAUAAGUGUA